GUUCUGGUAUAAACCAAAUUUAUUUUGUCUCUUCAGUUGGAUGCCUGAAGAUGGGUGUAAUUUGUUUUAAUACCGAAAUCAUUUAAUUAGCCAUCAAACUAUAUUUAGUUAAUAUUUGUUUUGUCCUGAGAAAAUAUAAGCAUAUGGAAAUUUGACCUAAAAGAGAAAAUGUGGAUUAUACAGAAGAGGAAGUGAUUUUACUUCAAUCAAUAAAAAAUACAGUCAUUGUCUAAAAAAAAGAAAGAAAAAAAUUGGCCUUUCAAUACAAACAGUAAAAUGAUCAGAAUGAAAAUAUUCACAAAGUGUCUGCUUUUGAUUGGUUUCAUCAUUGGUAGUACUUUCAGUUUCACCUGUCCAUUAAAGUGUCAGUGUAGAGAAAAUGUGACUUGGGUCAAAUGUCAAAGUGCAUUGAUAAAGAUUCCAGAAUUACCCAAUCAUAUAGAAUAUCUGGAUUUAUCACAUAACUUUCUUGGUCCUGUCAUCACCAAGCCAUUUUUUCACUUGAAGGAACUGGUACAUCUUGAUUUAUCAUAUAACGGAUUGACCAACAUGACAGAACGUGGUCUACGAGGCUUAAUCAAAUUGGAAGUUCUAAUUUUAUCCAAUAACCAUCUUCCUGACUUGCCUAAAAAUAUGUUCUGUGAUAACACUAAUCUAAGAAUACUGGAUGUUAGUAACAACUUAUUUCGUGUUAUGCCAGAUUCUAUAUUCAGAAGUCUGGAUAAUCUAAGAUAUUUUAGCAUACGAAACAAUAAACUAAAAAGACUGAAACUUGGACCACGCUGGCAAGUUCCUACAAAGCUAAAAGAAUUAGAUUUUUCCAACAAUAAAUUUGACAAUAUCUCCCAUGAUGCAUUUGAAUUUACUAGCUACUGGGAUGUUACUAUAAAACGUUCAUUGGAUCUGAGGAAUUGUGGAAUUAAAUUCAUUGAAAAUGGUACCCUGGUCCAGUUUAAAGGUCUGCACGACUUGGACUUGUCAGAUAAUCCAGGAUUAGGUGGUGAAAGGCUGAAUCAUCUUCUGCUGGAAUUAGAAGGAAGUCGUAUAAAGAGAUUAGAUUUUUCUGGAAUGCGUCUGACCACAAUUCAAUCGUUAUUUCAAGAUGUUGAUCAACUUUCAUUAGAAUAUCUAAACUUGGCUGACAAUUUUUUUCGGGAUAUUCCUGUUUGGGCAGUUGGCAAUGUUCGAAGUUUACAACAUUUAAAUCUUAGUAAUAACAAUCUAGCGUCAGAUAUAAUUGGAUUAAAAGAUCUGGGAAAUCUCAAAACUCUGGAUUUAUCAUCCAAUCAGCUGUUAAAACUCAAAUCGGAUAUAACGUCACAAACAUCGAGAUUAACCUUUCUUGACAUUUCACACAAUCAGAUUCAAAAGACAUCUGACCUUGAACUUUCAUCUCUGCAGAAUCUUCAAUAUCUGAAUGUGAGCCAUAAUAAAUUAGAAGGUCUUGUUCUUCCUGGAAACACAUCGGAUUUAAGAGUUUUGAACUUUGCAGCAAACCAAAUAACAGAGUUGUUUUCCAUUCUCAAUAUUUAUAAGCUUUCCCAUUUUGAUAUAUCAGGAAAUAAACUCACAUCUCUAGCCUCUUUCCUGUUCUCUCAAACUUACAAUUUCCAACUGGCUAAUUUCAGCGGCAAUAAAAUAUCAGACAUUGAUCAUCGGUCCUUUUUACCAUCUGCUCCCAAUGUCAUAGAUCUAUCUCAUAAUUCUUUGACAGAAGUCAAAUUUGCCAGUUGGACGGAUGCUAGUAAAAUUCUUCUUCAUCACAAUGAAAUAAUAGAAAUCAGCUAUCACGCCUUUUAUGGUAUGAGUGGACUGAAUUCCUUGGAUUUAUCUUUCAACAAACUGUCCAGUCUUCCAGAGGUUACCUUCAAAUAUCUUGUUCAAUUACAUCAGCUAAAUCUGGCUCACAAUAGUCUCAAUGUUAAACCAGAUGUUUUCGUGGAUGUAUUCAAGCCACUUAAAUCUCUCAAGAUCUUGGAUUUAAGCCAUAAUGAAUUAUCAGACAUCAAUAUUACAAUAUUCCAUUCAUGUCCCAACAUAGAAAGACUUACUUUGUCCUAUAACCAGUUUUCAUUCAUCCCCAUUACCCUGUUCAAUCAUCUUAACAACCUAACUUAUUUAGAUGCUGCUGGGAACCCAUUUAUUUGUGACUGUAGCUUAAUACCAUUCCGUGAUUGGAUAAAAGAUAACCUAAAGACCAAAAUGAGGCGAUCCUAUAACAGAACUAAAUAUACAUGUGUUAAUCCAGUAGCACGUAAAGGAUUAACGAUAAUCGAUUUUAGUGAGGAAAGGUUUGAGUGCAACGAAAGUCUAUUGUUUAUGAUAAUAUUUGGAUCAAUUGGUGGUUUUCUAAUUCUAGUUGGAAUAAUAGGAUCCCUUAGCUGUCAUUACUAUCGAAAAUGGCGAAAAAAGAAUCCUCGUAAGAAAACCAAACGGAAGAAAAGCCCUGUCAAAGUAGAUAGAAUCAGGAAGAAAGUAAAAGCUGAAAUGGACAAAAUUGCAAAAAGUGAAACACAAAAGAGAAAUAAAAUUCAAAAUGGUGGAUCUAGAGUUCCCUAUUUUGUCAAUGAAACAGAAGGCAGGCUGGCAUUAGAGAAAGACAGAAGGCUACCACAAUAUAGAGCCAGUAAAUUUAAUCUACCUCAAGUUUUGCCAUCUGAACCAGCAGAGAACUGGCAGAAAUUAAGGUCCCGAAAUGAUCCACGCAAAUUUCACACCGUCAAUCCCAGAGUCCAAAAUCAAUAUGAAUCUUGGGAUAGGUGGAAUCGGCAUCAGCCUCAUAAAGUCUAUUCAACAAUGCCUUUUCCAAGUGCCAUUUCUCAAUAUGAUGUCAACAAAAGUCGUCCAGAAAGGGGGGUAACCUUUGAUAUGAAUCUUCAUAGGCAUCGACAGUCUGUUGAUGAUACUUACCUUGACAACUAUCGCCAUAGAUACAAACAUCCACGUGAUUUACAUAGAAAUAAGAAUAUGAAUGGAUACGGUGAGAGGAAAUAUUCUAUGCCGAAUGUUUACAUGCAAGAUAAACAAACUGAUUGGGUUUAAUAACUAAAAACAUUAUCUUUAUUUACAGUUUAAAUACAAAGAUUGAACUAGACACCAAUUUCUGGCGAGAUAAAGCAAAUGUGUAUUGUUAAGACUUGUACAUUGAUAGUAAUGAUUUCAUCAAACAUACUAGAUCAUUAAUCUUAUACUCACUAGUUUAUAGCUUUGUUCUUGACAAAACUCUGUAAUAUAUUUUAAUUCUGUAUUGGAUAAUAAACUCUGAAAUAUAAA